CAUUUCCUGAUUGGAUGGCUGGUAGCCGCGUGCAGACCCAGUUGAAACACUGUCCUCGCGGUGCUGUGAGUGAAUGUCUGUCAGCUUCCUCGUAGUUACGGAUUUAUUUGACUGCUGUGUACCAUCGAAAAAACAACCAUGGAAUUACUGAACCGCUACCUGGACAGGAGCAACUCAGUCAGGUAAAUUUUUAAUGAAGUAUUCCUGGUUGAAAACUUGCUCAAGAGCGUUACCUGACUAAUUGACAAUUAGUUUCUAAAUGUUACUUAAUGAAUAUGAAAUAUGUUUCAGUCGCUUAUGAAAAUGCGUGAAACAACAUGCAACAAUUUCUUGAAAGCUUAAGUUUCGUUGCUUCACAUUUUAACUUCAGACUGGGUUAUUUGUCUCUACCUUUCAACUUCCUGACAGAUAUUUUACAAAAUGCAUAUUUGUAAUGUGAAAUUAGUAGUUUAAAGGUACAAGAGAGGGCUUGUACAUUUGAACUCUGUCAGUGCGAGCUUGUGGCAAAAAAAAAAGGUUUAGGGAAAAUAUUGAAAGUGUACACACUGAGCUAACCUUGGACUUAAACCCAGGCAGCAGCAUGAAUGCAGUCAGUGUGCUCAGUACAAGGAGUCCUUCCUGUGGGAGAUGACAAAUCUGGUGCACUGGAAAAGACAUAACUAUAACCCAAGUUGAUGAUCAAGUGAUAUCUGCUUUCACUUCUCUUUUCACAUCCUUGGCAACAUAAGCUGGCCUUGUACUAGGAUAAACUCAAACAUUUAUAGGUACUAAGUGCAACAGUUUUGCCUCCCUGCUUUGGCUUGUGGUUAAAUCAUGUUGAAACCGUGUUUCAGCUCUGUCUCGACCCAGGAGGUUAUCAAAGAGGAGACCCUGAGAGAUGACCUCAAGUUUUACUUCAUGAGCCCCUGUGAGAAGUACCGGGCCCGCCGACAUUUACCGUGGAAACUCGGGGUGCAGAUACUGAAAAUUGUGAUGGUCACCACACAAGUAUGUACCAUGGGAUUACUGUAGAUUAGAAAACCCACCCACUACAUGCUUCUUGCAACUGUUUUUUGUCCAAGACAGCAAGCCAGUAAAUAUGAAGUAGUGUUGAUAUUGGUGUACACACAUUUUGACAACUUCAAGUCUCAAUGAGAGGGGAGAGUGUUUGUGUUUUCAAGUUGAAGAUGAUGAAAUAAGUGCACCACACCCAUGAAUCUGGACCCUGCUUUCCUUCCCACAGGCUGCUCUUAACACUGGAAGUGAAAUUUGAUGUUUUUCUCCUUCUUUGGUUUCAAAAAGCACUGCUCAAACAAAAAAGACAAAUUCAUCAGUGGUCAGGUAAUUGAUUGACAGCUAUUUAGAUGUUCAUUGAUGUAUGUGGUUAAAAAAUCAGUUACUAAUUGCAACUUAAAGAACUGCUCCAAAAAAAACAUGUUUUACUGGGAGAGAAACACUGCAAUAACUUUUUUGUUGAGCCCCCAAAAUGUAAAAAAAAAAGACUCAAAAGAAUAAUUUACUGAACUGUAUUUACCUUGACUAAUGCCUUAAACAUGUAGAUACAGUCUGAACUAUUGCUGUAUUCCUGGUUGUUUCCUCCGUAGCUGGUCUUGUUCGGCCUCAAUAACCAGUUGGUGGUGUCCUAUAAGGAGGAGAACACAAUCGCUCUGAAAAACCUCUUCUUAAAGGGCUACACUGGAGUGGACGAGGAUGACUACAGCGUGGCAGUCUACACACAGCAUGACGUCUAUGACAGUCUGUUUUAUGUUCUUGAUCAGGCAAGUUUUAACACCAACGUGUUCCUGUUCCCUGUCAAAAAAUAAGUGUUUGAUCCAAAGUGUUAAGAGUUUGUGUACAUUGUGCUUGGGUAGAGGUUCUCCGAUGGUUUUCUACUUCACUUUGGCCGUAAAGAAGUUUAAACACAGCACUUAGAAAAUGAAGUGACAUUAUGGGAUAUUUUAGCAUUUUAUCAUGAGAGCCUUUUUUUUCUGAGGAAUAAGUCGCCCUGUAUACCCCUGGCAAUAAAGAAACAGCGCACAGUAAUUAUCAUUUAAAGGCACAUCCUGAACAGUUUUUAAUCUGUUAUGGAUUGCACCAUAUCCCAAAUGAUGAGUACCAGCAUAAGACUGAGAGAUGAAGUGCCAGUGCUUCUGUAAACAUGCUUGAUGUGAUUUGAACUUCCCUAAAGUGUGUUGUUAAUCUGCGUCAGCUAAAAUACUGCAUUACAACAUUUACCAGUCUGUAGGCACAGUACCACUGCAGCUUUAACAGUGUUAAGCAACCUACCUUUAGACACUUUGUUUUAACCAAGACUUCUUAUAUUUACAGUACAGCCAGUUGGGCAGCCUCACUGUGGGCCCAAUAAGUUUUGCUGAGGAUGAUGAUGGCAAGCUGCUUCCUCUCACUGUUUGUAAAGAGUACUACAAGAGAGGCACCAUAGACCCAUCAGAUGAGGCCUAUGACAUAGAUGCUCAGCUGGAAACAGGUAAGAGGGAAUGCGUUGUUUCUUCAGAAAAUGAUCAACUAAUUAAUAAAAUUACCUUUUUGUUUUUUAAGGAAACCACAUUUGCCCCAAAACAAAAAUAUUACAAACAAAAUAUGAAAGAAAAUCAAAUUUGUUCUUAGUGUGUCUGUGUCUGACAGACUACAGGGGUACAGAAACAUUACUCAUGUCGUUUCACAAAUGUAGUGGAAAAAUGUCUUUGAGGUGUAAUUCAUCCUUACCUCAUUUGUCUCUCUCAGUUUGUAUGUCACAUGAUCCAAAGACUGCAAACCUAUGGAAAACCCAGAAUUCAUCCUUUUUUGAGCUGGAUUUUUACAGGUAAAUGUUCUACAUACGGCUUUUGCACAUUUCUCAUUUUUUUGCCAGUGCACAAUUUGAAUUUUCCAAUUUUCUUUCAGGCUUGUUGACAUUAACAUAACCUUCCAGCUGAAAGGAAUUAAUCUUCAGACAGUGCGUUCCCGGGAAUUACCUGACUGCUACACCUUUUAUGUUACGGUACGAUCAGCUGGAUUUUGCUUUGUGUCUUUUCGAAAAUUACAUAAUAUAAGGAGAUGAAGACUUGGAUUUAUAGAUAUGUUUCUACAAGAUAAAAGUGUGUUUCCUAUCUUAUACUUAUCUGUUUUUGACCUUGUGCUUUAUAUAGAUAACAUUUGACAACCAGUGUCACAGUGGAAAGGUGAAGAUCUUCCUGGACACUGACGCUCAGAGCAGUGCGUGUCGAGACUGGAAGAUAUCUGGGACAGGUAAGGUGUUUCUUAACUAACCUGCUGGUGAACUGUCAUGAAGAAGAAAGCAGGACAGUUCACAGAGUUCUUUUGCUUUCCCUGAUUCAUGGGCAGAGAUACAUCCAUUACCAGUCAACUAUCAGCUCAAUCACACUUUAUUUUGACAGCUGAAUAUUAUUUUUGAAGUAACUUCAAGUUUUAAUUCUCUCAUUUGCUUUUUUUUUGGUUUAAAGAUUGCUUUUGGACUCCUCUAUCCUAUUACCUUUUAUACUCUCAACUUUAUUGGCUUUUUUUAAUAUGUUCUUUAUCUUCACCAAACACCACUUAUGUAAUUUUUCUGAUUUAAAGUCCAUUUAUUACUUUGCCUUAAUUGCGUGUGCUGUUCACUGUUGACUGUUAGGCGUGUUCCUGUGGACCCUUAGUUAUCAGUGGAGUGUGAGGGAGUUAUGUAAGAGAUAAACCUUUACACUCACACACACACACACACUGACUUUGUCUGUGUUUCAGCCCAGAAGAACACGCACUAUCUCCUGGUGUUCGACGGCUUCGUCAUCCUUGUUUGUCUAACAUCGGCCGUGCUGUGCACUCGCUCCAUCAUACUAGCUGUCAGGUUAUUACAGGUCAGCUGAUCAGUGUCUGAUCACACAGUAUCAGAUCAUACACGGACUUUUGUUAUUUUACCUCAUUGUUUCUGUUCAUCCAUGGUGUCAUAUUUAUCUUUGUCAUUUUGCUUGUGUUCAGCCAAAUGUCACAAAAAGCACAACACAUUUUGUUCAGUUUGAUUUUGCACCGUUUAAUACAUCCUUCUUUCUUUUGAAGUGACUUAAUUUUUAUUGUUGUAUUCUCAGAGAUUCUCUAGAUUCCUUCAUGAGAAUUACAGUCGUAAAGUCUGUGAGGACGACCAGGGCGAGUUUCUGAAUGGCUGGUAUGUCAUGGUCAUUGUCAGCGACCUCUUGGCUAUAGUUGGAUCCAUACUCAAGAUGGAAAUACAAGCAAAGGUAAAAAAUGUCUCUUUCUUCUUUGUGCCAGAGAUGUCACUGUACAGACUAACUUUAGUGGCAUGUGUCGAUUAAGUGUCACUUACGAGGCGAAAUCCAGAUGUAGAGGUUUUUUAUUCCUUGUUUUAAUGGUGUGAAAGUAAAGUUAGACAACAGAAAUCUUUGGACUAUCUUUUCAUUAGUCACAGCUGUUCACAACGUGGCAUCACCUUUGAUUUACAUCGAGUUAUUCAUUAAACUGUUGCCAAAUAAAAUCUUGGGAUUGGCUUGGAUUGUGGAGGACUUUGGAUCAAAACAACCAAAUGUAGACGCUGUUAAGAACUUUUUAUACAUAAAAUUAAACUUCCUGGUCUUUUAACAUCCCCCAGUGAGGAGAUUAUCUCAUAAUCACUAGACCACAGGAGGAAAUGUCACAGUCUAUUGCUUGUGGUUAAAAUGUAAUGAGAGCUUCCUCUUUUGCUGAUCCACUUUGUAAAACUGUAAUAAAAAGUCUACACAGAUCAUAUCACAGAUUACACCUGCCACUGAAACAUAUUACUUUUGUUCACUUGAAGUAAACUUCGCAGCAGCUUUUCCUGACUCUGUGAUCACCCAUUUGGUACACCAUGUUGGUGGUGUGCCAUUUUUAUGAACACAAAAUACACCCUCUCUCUAAGCUCUUGUUAUUCUUGAUCCUUCUAAUAGAGUCUGACCAGUUACGAUGUGUGUAGUAUCUUUUUGGGGACGUCGACAUUGGUGGUGUGGGUUGGUGUGAUCAGGUACCUGGGAUACUUCCAGAAAUACAAUGUGAGUUUUUUUAAUUUUAUUAUUUUAUUUUCAAGUAACUAUUUUUAAAACUCUUCUGCUUAUUAUUCAUAGUACAGUAACUUCAUGUCUUUAUUUUAUGUCCGUAGGUUUUAAUUUUAACCAUGAAGGCAGCCUUCCCCAAGGUCCUUCGUUUUUGCUGCUGUGCAGGCAUGAUUUACCUCGGCUACACCUUCUGCGGCUGGAUCGUACUCGGGCCGUACCAUGAGAAGGUAACUCUGAAACGGCUUUGAGGAGAGUUGUGGAUGUGUAUAUGAAAAUUGUCAGAAGAUUUGCAUCAAGCUGGUCUGAACUUCUGCUCUGAACCUCGAUUAUAUACAUGAGGGGAAAGAAAGAGGAACUAGUGGGGUUCUUUUUUUACUGACUUAGCUCUUGUUCACCCUGAAAAAAAUGCUGAGACUGGAAAAUUUAAGUUGUAUGAGGAAGGUAUAGAACAAACUGUGUUCCUAGUCACGUUGUCAAAUUAGCUGUAACAUCAUUUUUGUCAGGGUACAAGCAAAAAACUGAGGGUCAUGACAAGGAACACUUGUGUAAGUCAGUCCUCAUAGAUUCACCUUGGGAAAUAAGAAUGCAGUGUACAUAGUUUUUAAAAAGUACAAAAUCCAAAUCAAUGUCUUUUUUAGUAUAUUAAAGGUGGUGUUCUCUAAAACUUCUCUCUAUUUGAAAAACGAACUGUUUUUUCUCAUCUGGUAUUUAAUAAUAAUAUUCAGUAUUAACAAUACACCAAAAAACAAAAAAACAAGUCCAAGGGUUUUUUCCCUUUUGAGUCAAAACAGCAGACAUUAAUCUCUCAGCAUUAUCACAUGCAAACUGACGAGACUGUCAAAAUUGCCGUUGAGCUCUUUCUUGUGGAACAAAGUCACAACUUCUUUCUGAAAUGUUUGAUACUGACCACUAGGUGUCAGUAUGUGUCUGGUCAAUAAAGCCUCUUAUAGCAUUUGAUAGAGCAGUAUGGUCCUUUUUAGUCCAACUACCUGAAGACAGAGGGGAUUUCAUGCACUUGCACACUCUCAUCAUUGUGCCUGUUCAAAAUAUCAUUUUUUAUUUGUUGUUGGGGUUACUUUUGAAAAGCAAAGGAAGUAAAGAAGUGGUGGUGGGGGGAUAGUAAGCAAAUGUCAUUCUUUGCAGGACUCAAACUGGGAAAAUAACCAUCACAUUAUCACCAUCUUAAAGCGUAAGGUGAAUUGGAAUUGAACAGUUGGAAUUUUAAAACCCUUUCUAAGGUUACAACUCUUAUUACGAACUGGUCAAGCUGGUAUACAAGCUGGAAUACAAGCAAUAAAAAGGAAGAAACAGGACAUAGUAAAUGUUUUGAUUUGCUCUGAAAAAUCCACAACAGAUGUUCUGAUAGCAAACAGACAGACGGACGGACAGGGAGAAAGCACAGCUUGAACUGCGAGUGCAACCAGAGAAAAUAUGGGUGUAUUUAGCCCGAUGAGAUAAAUUAUUUACAGAAGUCUGAGGAUGCAGUAGGCGUCUAAAAAAGGCAGUUCUUCUACUGUACCAUAGGAGAGCCAGAUGUUAGAUCAGCUGCACUGAGUCACGCAUUUGUUUGAGCAAAUAAAAUGUUAGUCAGAAGUGUAAAUAAGUUGUGGACCGAUUUAAAGUGUGUUUUUUUUUAGUUAAUUUUACUGCCGUCUAAUCACAGUUUAUAGGCCCAAGCUUGCAUGAGGCCUGUCUGGAGAAUUGUAGACAAUAAUAAUGCUUUUUUUUACCAUUAUGAACUCCUAAGAUGUGGUCUUGUUAUAAAAUGAACGAACAAUCAGUUUCAAAAUAUGCGACAAAUACCGUUAAUGUUACUGAAAUGAUCCUCAAAGUUUCACUCUCUUUUUCUCCGUUCCUUGGAAGUGAAAGUGACUGUACUGGCAGUGCAGUUUGGAUUAAACAAGUCUCUGUCCCCUGUGUUUUCAACACUACAGUCAACUGAUACUCUGCUGUAUUUACCGUGCUGUGGUUAAGGGUGUCCCCUGUAGUGUGCCGUUAGCCCUCUCAGGCUCCUCUGUGUAUUUACUGUAGGGAUAAACAGAGGAUGUUACAGGACUGGCCAUCCCACACGUCCUCAAGUGUUAUGCCCUGGAAUCCAUACUGUCUCAGUGGGAUGUUGUUUUUAGAUGCUAUCGCUCCCUGCUCAGACUCCAUCAUAACGUCGCCCCCUUUCAGACAUCUGUCUCUGUCUCUCUCUGUCUUUAUUGCAGGACCUCUAUCAACUAUCAUGCUUCUGUCAGUGCUCUGCACCUCCUCCUCCUCCUCCUCCUUAUUUGUGACCUUAUAUCUGGAUUUCUGUUUUUAUAUGUGCUGUUGAAAAACAAAAAUAUACAUAUCAGUCAUGACAGUAUGUAUAUUACAUUUCUUAUACAUUGGUUUCUGUAUCUAAAUUAACUGAGUGGAUUUAGAGCUUCACAUGGUAUGACUCUUCUGCCUUGUGGUCCCCAAAUAUUUUGACUUCUCGGUAGAUCUGAUUUGAAUUUUGAUCGAUAAUAAAUGGAUCAACAAGCUUUUGAUAAAUGGUGAUUUGUUUGGUGUUUAUCCUUCUUGAUAACCUGUGGUCAGAGAUCUCUUUCCCCCUUGUUUUUCUGUCCCUUUCUCAAAGCUCCUCAGAUUUGACCAUGUCCCUUGAGUUACCUGUGUAAUCCGGUCUAAUGUCCUCUUUUCCGUGGUUCCAGUUUGAGGGCCUGAGUCGGGUAGCGGAGUGCCUGUUCUCGCUCGUGAACGGCGACGACAUGUUUACCACGUUUGCCCAGCUGAAGGACAAAAACACUCUGGUGUGGCUUUUCAGCCGGGCCUACCUCUACUCCUUCAUCUCGCUGUUCAUCUACAUGGUGCUGUCGCUGUUCAUCGCCCUUAUCACGGACGCCUAUGAGACCAUCAAGGUACUUUAAAUUUUCAGGUCUCAUAACCAUCAUUUUGCGGUUUUUGGUCACUUUUGAAAGUAAACUAAAUAUCUGACCUGGAGAACAAUUGCAGCUCUGGGAAACUUAUUAUUUAUUAUAGUUUAUUAUUAUUUAUCACAGAAGAAAGCACCAUAUUAGUUUAUUUCUUGUUGCUUUUAAAUCAUGUUUUCAGACAGUUUUGUGUGUUUUUACCAACAGAGAUAUCAGAAAGAAGGAUUCCCGCUGACAGACCUUCAGAAGUUCCUCAAAGAGCAGAAAGACUUUCCUGUUGCGGAGGAGAACUGUCAGACAGACCUCAACCUCAGAUACCCUGUUCUCUGCUGCAUCCGGAGGUACUUUAGUGUUUACAAUCACACUGUGAUACUAUAAUAUUUGACUUUUGUUCACACACCCUGUUGCACACACACAGUCACACCUGGAGCAUGCCCUGUACCAACACGACUCCUAACCACUGAAACAGGAGAGAUAUUGAUCUUAGAGUCCUUUGUUUUAGGGCAGUUUUUUUUAUACAGUACAUGAACUUAUUUAUUUUGUAUUUUCACUGUUGAUCAGGGAUUCAAACCAACAACGUGGUCCUCAGUGUCUUACUUUGGGCUCUCAUCUUGUCAUACUUUGAUGUGCUGUUUGCUAUUAAUCUGCUUAAUAGUUGCAGAAAGGGUUUCCCACUGUAACCUUUUACCAAAUACAACAAACUGCAUUGAUAGUAACUCAAGUUUCCACUAAAGGAUAUACCAAGUUGCCCCCUUGUGAGACUGAUAGAAUUGGUUUGCACUUGUAAAUUGCUUUUAUUAAGUCUAAUUAUCUACAGAAUAAUGAAUCAGGGCUCUUAAAACAGAUUUACAGACACUUGAAGUAAGCAGGUCUCUUCCUGUGCCAAAAUUAGUCUCUGUUUACAACAGAUUUUUUUUUUUUUAAAUGAGAAAACAGCUAUAUACCUGGCUAUCUUCUGUCCACUCUAUGGGGCCAAACUGUCUGAGCAAUAUUCAGUACGCAAACAAAACAUCACUGACCCUUGUAAUUGGUAAUAAGUGGAAUCAAAUAAAGCAGUUAUCUUACAAUAUGAGAUACGAGCUAUGUCCCUUUAUGAGUCUGUUUGAUAAUAAUAAUAAUUAAACAAUAGCAUGAAACAAACUAAAGAAAAGACAGUACCGUCACAGCAUUGGAAGCUCAGUUUGCUUUAAUUACACAAUGUUGCUGCAGCAGCACAUUGCAUUUCUCUAUAUAUCUGUUUUCUGUUCAUUCCUUCUCUCUGAGCCAAUCUCUAUCAUCAGCAGGCAGCAGACUGCAGUGGAGUUUCCUCCACGCUGUGGUUUGGCUCAGUCUUGAGCGGUCUGAGCGCAAUGAAAUUAGUGGUGGGAGCUAUGCAGACACACCCAGUGAUGGGCUGAUUACAGAGAAACUCAGGCUACACACUGGGAAGAACCCCCCUCUCUUCCAUCCCCCAGCCAUCACUCCCUCUCUGCUGUGGUGCUUCCUAGACACAGGCCACAGUCAGCAUGAAGCCAAGGCUUGAGCCAGAGAGGUUUUGUUACAGCACAGUUAUUUGAUCGUAACAUAAUAGAAACCCUGUCUACAUUAAUGUGGAGUACAGACGAGAUUAAUCAGUCGCUGGUGUGGGUGUGUGAAUCUCAUUUGGUCUUGAUCUGCUUUUCAGAAUAGCUAUUGUUCUCAUACUUUUAUCAUAAACAGUUUGAAAACAUAGUUUAGAAUUAGUGCAGAACUUUGAGCCUGUUAAAAAGUUGUUGCUUCCUCUUUUACCAUCUGUUUCUACUGAGCAAAAAUGUUACAAACCAAAUCAACCAGAAGCAGCACUUUACCAGUCUCUGUGGUGUCUCACUCUGACUUCUUGUUCUGCAAAUUGAAGUUUCAAUGAAUACCAACAACAGUUCUCAUUUGUAAUUUUUUUUGUUUUGUUGCAACAACCGUGGUCAUUUGUUAAGAUUUUUGCAGCACCUGCAGUCAGUCAGUUAUGUUCUGAAAGUCAAACCCUUCAAUUUUUCAAUGUGGAGAUCUUUCCCUUGCUUUUCCCGCAUAUUGUGAUAUUUUUGUGUCUCACAGCUCUUACUUCACCAUAUUUACUAGACAUCAACACUCUGACCCUGCUGCCCUUUUUCAGCCAAUUCUCCCACCAUUCAGCCAUCCAACUUUCUUUAUCUGCUCAAGACGGUGAAGUCUCAGUUACAGAGCCAUUACUUAAUGAUGAGUAAUAGUGCAAGUUAAUACUGGACUGACUGUAGAGUGUGCGUCUCCUCUGUGAAAUGCCUGUGACCUUUUUAGUGGGGGUUGACUUCUUGUCAUCAGUAUUCUGUAAUAGCAGCCAUUUGCUACUUUGCAGCUGACCACACUUCAUUUUUAGCAGCGCCUUUGUCUCACUGUGCUCACAAAAAUUAGAUCAGCAAACAUGUUAACGUCUUAUUGGAUGAAAUUUCAUCUGCAUGCAACCAGCCUCUUCCUGCUAUUGUCUUUUGGUCUAGUGGUUAAUGUGUGAAAUGAAGUUAAAAAGUAAGAGUCCCCAUUUAGAGCACACUUUAAGCUAAUAUAUCAGAUUUGUCAUUUGUGCUAAUGUUUCAUGACAAAAGACAAAAGUGAAACACUUUUAAAUGAUGAAGCUGCAGACUAUUUACUGCGAUUCAUGCACUGAACAUCAUUACACAGUUUAAUAAAGCAGCAUGGCCUUGAAGUGGAUGUUAUGUUGUAAAAGCGCUGAGCUUUGCAUAGGGACAAUGUAUAAAUACAGCUAUGUACCAUUUAAGUGGUUUGGCUUUUCACGAGAAUGAUUGUACAGGACGUCCUUACUCUGUGACAUACAUUCACAUCCUCUAACGGCUGCAGCAGUUUAAGGAACAGAGAGUCUGGGACAACCACAGCCCUGCACUGAAAAGUGCUGCUCAUUGCACAUCGUAAAGAUGAAGGAAGAAGUGUUAUUGUCCAAAGAUUUGAUGGGAAAGGAGCAUAAUUAGCUGUUUCUCGUAAGAGCAAAUACAAGAAGUCGUUCAAGAGACAAGGCUGUCAUUUACAGAGCUUGUUUGAAGGAUUUAUUCCCUGGACCUGCCCACACGAUCUGAAAUCCAGACCUCUUCCUGCAUCCUUUUGUUGUCUCUCUUCCUGUCAGGGCCAAACCCUUCAUGCAGGUGGAAUAAAGAAACAUGCUUGAGCUGGUUUGUUUUGUUGUCAUUGACUAUUAUGGUCUGUGUAGGGAAAUGUCUUGACAACUUGAGUAAAUGUAGUUAUGUAGACAGAGUUAGGAAAAAGCUCAAAAGCAGCUGUUCUUCCUGAUAGAGAUGAAAGUUUGUGUCCUCAUGAGACAUACUGGAUGUCAUGCCCUAAAACUGAAACUGCUCAGAGGUAAACUGGGAAAUAGGACAGAGCAGGCUUACCUGGAAAAACUGUGCUGUCAUGUUCUUUGUUCUUAGCGAUAUUUGUCAACACCUUUGUUAUCACUCUCAUAUUCAAACUGUGUUAAAACCGCUGUACACACUCGUCAGCAACACAAGUUGAAAGUAUGUUAAUCUUGUGCUGCUGAUGAGAUACUAGAUAUAUCUUCUUCUUUUUACUCUGUUACAGAGUUCCUGAAAAUGAUGACAUUGUCCUGAUAAGCUGACAGCUGUCCAUCUGCUGAUGAGACAACUCAGGGAGGAGGAGGAUGCUGAGAACAGGAUUUCACACAUCUGAUACAGACUUUGAACUUCCACUGUAUAACCCCUGGAAAGUGAAGAGCGACUGUCCCGGCUGAUUCUGUGGAGUGCACUCUGAAUGCUGAACAUGUUCCCGCUCUUGAACAUGAAACUGGACCUCCAGCGAAUGGGUUGGAACUGGAAACAAGAGAUUUCAUGUCAGCUUGUGUUGGAUUUCAGUGAACCGUUGAGAAGUUUACUUGGCCUUUUGAGGGUCUGCACGUGCAAUUAAUUGCCAAAGAGUUGAAUUCAGUGUUUCCUGCAUUUGGUCAUUAAUGAGAAAUCUGGUGCAAUGUAACAUUAUGCAGUUCUGGAUGUAAUUUAUUUGUCGUGUGUUGUAAAAAAAAAAAAAAAAGCAGUAAAGCAAAUAUAAUCAUCUGUUUAUUGUUAGGCUGUUUUCUAUUAAAAUUUAAUCAGAAGGAAGUUAUAAACUGAUUAUUGUCUGUUUAUGUGAAAACAGCAACUGAUAUCUUACUAAUUAAUAAACGGACCUGCUUUUCCUAGAUUGUGUAACACACAGCUGAUUUAAGAUUGAGUAAGAGGCGCCGGUGUAACAGUAUGACUCAGUUUAUGAUUACAUCUACAACCAAGUAAAAAUGUAAAGACAAGCUGAAACACGACUUUUUACUUAGUUUGACUACCAGUGUUUUAAUGUGAUAAAAUCACAAGCUCAAAGGAAGAUUUCCCAUACAAUCGCAC